UUAAAUUGACACCUAAAAGACAAAACCAAAAGGAAACUUGGCUUUUAUUAACUUAAAUAAUUGUACAUAAUAAAGUGACAAUAUAUAACAUUUGACAAGAUUAAAAGAAUAUUAUGAUUUCUUCAUAAAUUAUACGUCGUAAAUAUUGUUCCAUUAUAUCUCAUGAUAUUUUAUUAUUUUGGAAUUUCAAAUAUCAGAUAAAUAUGAAUAAACAAGAAGAAACUGUAAAAACAGCCCUGCAUAUGUGCUUAAGAGUCAUAAAAAUGUACGACUGGCUUCUGAAUCUCUAUGUUUUGGAUUUCUUUGUUGAUAAUCACUGGAUGAAACUACCAAUGUCAUGGCAACAAUGUUUUAGAGAUAUGGACCCAAAAGAUUUGGGUGACAUUAUUACUGGGGAAAAGAAUAAAUAUAUAUUACCUCUCUCUUUCUUAGCUUUGUUAAAAGCUGUUACCAGUCUUAACUUACCUCGCACUGGGUACAAAUACAAAUGUUCAAUAAUUAAUCAGGAGUUGCAAGACAAUAUAGGCCACCCUAAACUUAAAAACUUAUACGUAAAGCAUGUUAAAUUAAAAAAAAGACAUGAAAUCAAUAUGAUGUCUGAUUUCGUGUAUAGUACAGCUCUGAAGAGUCAGUGUAAUGCAGUACUAGAUUUUGGAUCUGGUUUGGGACACUUAGUAAGAAUACUCGGCUAUAAAUAUAACUUAUCAGCUGUGGGAAUUGAAAUGCAAACUCAGUUGACAGAGGAAGCUAGAAAACUUGAUUUAGAAUUUGAAUACACUGCAAAGAAACAUUUAACAGAAGAAUGUAUGUCGAAUCUCCGUAGACCAACACAUUUUAAUGUCACAUUGACUUCAUUAGAUCAGUUACAUAAAAUAUCAUUACCAAAUACUGUUAACAAUUAUGGUUUAAUUGGUCUUCAUCCAUGUGGUGAUUUAGGUCCAUUAUUGAUUAAGCACUUUGUUAAAAGUGACAAGGUGAAAUUUAUAUGUGUUGUGGGUUGCUGUUACAUGAAAAUAUCAUGCAAUAAUGACCCUUGUGGUUAUCCAAUGAGCAGAUAUGUGAGACAGUUAGAUAAUUCAUUGACUUUCGUUAGUAGAGAGAUAGCUUGCCAUGCAAUAGAAACAUAUUGCCAGAAGUUGUGUAGAGGUGACUAUAGAGAUUUAAAGGUACAUGCAUACAGAGCCGCAUUAGAAAAAAUAUUGGUAGGAAUGGAUCCUGAAUUUAAGCAUAUGCCAAUCAGAAGUGUGAAGCACACCAAUGAUAUGUCAUUUGAAAGCUAUUGUGAAGCAGCUCUUCAGCAUUCUCCUCUCAAACCACUUCAAACUAAAAAUGUAGAGGAGGAAUUGAAGCAGUGGAAACGCGUAGUUGUUUUGUACACGUUACGACUCAUGAUGGCGCCACUAGUAGAAACUGUCAUCCUUCUGGACAGGCUAUUGUUUAUUUUAGAACAUGGUAUACCCUGUGCAAUAUAUCCCGUCUUUGAUCCGAAGAUAUCUCCACGCAAUCACAUAAUUGUUGGAAUAAAGUCUUAAUAUGUAAUACAGUAA